CUGGGUAAACGGGACCGCUCGGAUGCGCAGUGGUCCAGUGAAUUAAAUUGAUGGUCCUGAGGUCUGAAUCGCGUAUUACUGUAAGGACAACGGCUUGGCAGUAUAUGUCGUCUCUUCUCUUUAGUCAGAGUGGAGACGUUUUGAAUGGUAAUUGACUAUUCUAAAAUAUUUCAAGAACAUUUUUUUCCUUUUCUAGACAGGAGUCUGCAUCCAAAUCAGAUACCAUUUUCUGAUGGACUAUUAAUGCCAGCCAAUAUAAUGCGUUUUGGCAGGUAGAGAAAAUUGCAUUUAGUUCCUUUUGAAGAGCCAUGGCUGUCCAUGCCCUUACCGGAUUUUCGGUGGUCAGCUUGCUGAGUUUUGGUUACCUGUCCUGGAACUGGACAAACCCCAACCAGGUGGAGUACGAGCCAGUGUUGGACGGCAAGGACAAAGGGUCUCCGUUGACUCCCCGAAAACCCCCUCACAUUAUUUUUAUUCUGACCGAUGAUCAGGGGUUUCAUGACGUCGGCUACCACGGUUCUGACAUCCGAACGCCGACGCUGGACAAGCUCGCGGCAGAGGGCGUGAAGCUGGAGAAUUACUACAUCCAGCCGAUCUGCACGCCCUCGCGCAGUCAGCUGAUCACAGGCAGGUACCAGAUCCACACGGGGCUGCAGCACUCCAUAAUCCGCCCCCGGCAGCCCAACUGCCUGCCCCUGGACCAGGUGACCCUGCCCCAAAAACUGCAGGAGGCGGGCUACGCCACCCACAUGGUGGGCAAGUGGCACCUGGGCUUCUACAAGCGGGAGUGCCUGCCCACGCGGCGCGGGUUCGACACCUACUUCGGCUCCCUGACGGGCAGCGUGGACUACUACACCUACGACUCGUGCGACGGGCCGGGCAUGUGCGGCUACGACCUGCACGAGGGGGAGGGCGUGGCCUGGGGCCGGGGGGGCAAGUACUCCACCCACCUCUACACCCAGCGGGUGCGCAAGAUCCUGGCCGCCCACGAUCCCCGCCGGCCCGUCUUCAUCUUCCUGUCCUUCCAGGCGGUGCACACGCCCCUGCAGUCCCCGAAAGAGUACCUGCACCAGUACCGGGACGUGGCGAACGUGGCCCGCCGCAGGUACGCCGCCAUGGUGUCCGUGGUGGACGAGGCGGUGCGCAACGUCACCUACGCCCUGCGCAAGUACGGCUUCUACCGGGACAGCGUCCUCGUCUUCUCCACCGACAACGGCGGCCAGCCCUUCGCCGGCGGGAGCAACUGGCCCCUGCGGGGGCGCAAGGGCACGUACUGGGAGGGGGGCAUCCGCGGGGUGGGGUUCGUCCACAGCCCCCUGCUCCGGCGGCGGCGGAGGGUGAGCCGAGCGCUGGUGCACAUCACCGACUGGUACCCGACGCUGGUGGCGCUGGCCGGGGGCAACGUGUCGGCCAGCGACGGGCUGGACGGGUACGACGUGUGGCCGGCGCUCAGCGAGGGCAAGGAGUCGCCGCGGCGGGAGAUCCUUCACAACAUCGACCCGCUCUACAACCACGCCAAGCACGGGUCGUGGCAGGACGGCUUCCGCCUGUGGAACACGGCGGUGCAGGCGUCCAUCCGCUCCGGCGACUGGAAGCUGCUGACGGGCGACCCGGGCUGCGGCGACUGGAUCCCGCCGCAGACGCUGGCGGGGUUCCCGGGGAGCUGGUGGGACCUGGAGCGCCGCACGCAGGCCGCGCGCAAGUCCGUCUGGCUCUUCAACAUCACCGGCGACCCCUACGAGCGCUACGACCAGGCCGACCAGCGGCCCGACGUGGUGCGGGAGCUGCUGGCCCGCCUGGCCCACUACAACCGCACCGCCAUCCCCGUCCGGUACCCGGCGGAGGACCCCCGGGCCAACCCCGAACUGAACGGGGGCGCGUGGGGCCCCUGGGCGGGGGACGACGAGGAGGACGACUGGGACAGGUUCCACGACGGGAAGGGAAAGGCCAAGAGGAAGUGCAAGCGCUGCAAACUGAGGUCCUUCCACCGCAAACUCAACUCCGGGUUCAUGUCCAACAGAAUAUAGCCUGGCAGUGUUUGGCACGAGCUCAGGCCUGUCCAGCCCUGGUCCUGGAUGGCCGAACGGUGUGUUGCUGGUUUUUACUUUCACCCAUAAUGACCCGCCAGUUCAGAACCAAGAGAACCAGGCGGGGCGAGUUAACUGUGUAAUCAACUGCUUUAACUGACCCACUAAAUGGUGAGUAACUGGUGCGAAAACCAGUUGAAAGCCAGUGCACCAUCCAGCCCUCCAAGGCCAGGGUUGGGCAGCCCUGCACCAGGCCUCCCUCUAACUGCCCAACUUCUAACGAGCGACUUAAAGCGCCGAAUUGGGCUCUCAGAACGCAACCAGAACUUAAACACGAGCCGUUUUUUCUCCCGGUGCCGGCUGAGUGAUCUUUACGGGUGGUUUUAUCGUGGGAGGUGCACUUAUUUCCACUGUUUACUUCACAAUCCGGUCGCCUUUAUUUGUAGACUGUGUACUCGGCUAGUCGCGCCCGACCGACUUUACUGUCCGCCGGAGACAAAGAAAUGGGAUGUUUUGCUCCUGAGUGUCUUUAGCCGAACGGCCAUUUGAACAUUGUGUUUUGUUUUUAUUGAUGUGUAAGCUAACAGAGUGUAAGAUUUAAUGUCCUGGAGGCAGUCAUUGUGGGGACUCUUUCUAGGCUCUUUCUUGAAUACCCCAAAAUGAAGGAACAACAAACAAGUUCCCCCUGCUUUCGGACACAGGGCACAAAGCUGGUAACUUUUCCGACUUGUGUGAUGCCUUUCGCCCAUUGCUGCGACUGUUUAUCCGAGUCCUGUCUUGACGCGUUGAGUUAUGAGCCAUUUGAAUCGCAAUCCCGCGCUGUGUACACAGGAAAGGUGAACACCAGGAAUGCGUGUUUUAGUGAUGUCACAACCGGAAUAUAUGCCUUGAACAUCUUGGCUCUUGUGACCUUGACAGGGUGGUAUUUGUGGACCAAAGCACUCUCAGCAUU